UUUCCGUCUCCCUCCCAGCCUCUUUGAUCCCCACCACCCCACUUUUCGUCUCCCCCUGCCUCCUUUUUCGUCCCCCACCCAGCUUUUCGUAUCCCUCCCUACCUCUUUAUCCUUCACCCCACUUUUCGUCUCCCCCACCGCACUUUUCGUCUCCCCCCUCGCUCUCUUUUUAUCCCCACCCCACUUUUCGCCUCUCCCCUGACUCUUUUUUUUAAUCCCCCACCCCACUUUUCGCCUCCCCCCUGACUCUUUUCUUAAUCCCCCACCCCACUUUCCUCCUCCCCCCUGCCUCUUUUUUUAUAAUCCCCACCCCACUUUUCGUCCCCCCCCUUUCCUCUCUGAUCACCCCCCACCCCACUUCUCUGCUUUAGAUCGGCAGGGAGAUUUUCCGGGGGUCCCCCCUCUUUCCUCCCCCCACCUUCGUCGUCCCCUCGGCAUCGGAUCGGACCCCGCGGUGACCACCGAGGGGGCCCCCUCUGCAGCCCCCGUCCCCAGCCCCCCUCCGCAGCCCCCAAUCCCCGGGCUCCCGAGGCUUAUGCAACGGGUCGGCGGGGCCCGAAGCGGCAGGGCAGGCCUCGGCGGGGGGCGGGGGAUCUAAGGGCCGGUCGGGGGCCCGGGCCCGGGCCCGGCCAGGAUGUCCGACGUGCGCGUCUCGAGCGGGAGCCCGACCCUGGAGCGGAUGGAGGCCCCGCAGCCCGAGCGCGACCACCCGAAGCCGUCGGCCUGCAGGAACCUCUUCGGCCCCGUGGACCACGCCGAGCUGGCCCGGGACCUAAGGCGACACUGUCGCGACUUGGCCGAGGCCUGCCGGCGCCGCUGGAACUUCGACUUCCGUCGCCACCGGCCCCUGGACGGCCGCUACGAGUGGCGGCCCGUCGAGGGGGACGGCCUGCCCGACUUCUACCGCCGGCCGCCGCCGCCCCCGAGGGGGGCCCGCCCCGGAGACCCGGCCCCCCACCGCCAGGACUGCGACAGAGACCACCACCACGACGACGACGACGACGACGACGACGAAGGGGAGGACACCCAUUUGGCGGGACGAAAGACUGAUGCGUCCGAAAGGCAGACGGGCUUCCCCGACCGCUGUCCGGCGCCCAGGAAACGACCCGCCCCGGACGAUUCUUCUCCUCCAACCAAGAGAGCCCACCCCACGGAAGAAGGGGUGCCAGGGGGUGCCCCGGGCACCGGGGCGGUGGAGCAGACGCCGGAGAAGCCGAGCCUCAGAAGGCGUCAGACGUAAACCUCUCGGGAUUGAGAAUAUGCAUUUCCUUGUUCGUCGGUUACGAAAGUGCUUGAUGAAGAAAGGAAGAUAUAAAUUCGAUU